AAUAAGAUGCACCUUGCCUGAAGCUGAUUUUGGUUUGAUGGUACAUGGUGGUGGGGACGCAAACUAUAUAAAAGCGUACCGCUUUGGAAGCUCGUAAAAGAUUCCUUGCUAGUGGCUUUGUGUAGUUAGUAGCAGAGCAACGUUUAAGUUUUUUCAUUCAAAUUGAAAUAACCAAGAAUGAAGAGUUUUGUGGGAAUUUUGCUCCUCGUUGGGUUAUGUUUCGCGUAUCCUUUGGGGGAAAGCGAAGAAGCCCUCAAUAAAUCACCCGAAUUGAGCAACCACCCAGUUGAACAGGAGAAGAAACAGGAGUUAUUGCAAGACGCUCAACCGCAAAGAGACGAAUCCGCCGAAUCCAACGAAAGCGCGGGGUCUGAUGAAAGCAACGAAAGUCCGCAGGAGUCCCAAAAACCAGCUGAACCGGUUCAGUUACCUUCGCAACCCGCGCCAGAGAGCUCCGAAAAUCUCUCCAACGAAUCCAGCGAAGAUAAAACGGUGGAUGAACCGAGAGCUGAAGCUUCACAACCGAAAUUAGAAGAAAAAGUUAAUGAAGGAAAAGCGAAUGUAGAAAAAGUUGACGAGGGAAAAAUUAACGAAGAAAAAGUUAAUGAACCCGUUGUUUUGCCAGUUGAAGAAGCUAAACCGAGUCAACCAAGCGAGCAAAAAGUUGAACAACCGAUAGAAGCUGAAGAAAAAGCACCUGAAGUACAACCGAUUGCGUUACCAAGUCAACAGGAUGAAGUCCAGAAAGAAAAAGAAUCGGAAAAACAACCAGAAGCGUUACCAGUUCCGCAACCAGCUCAACCUGAAGUAGAAGCACCGAAACAAGAAGCUCCAAUUAAAGAAGAAGUGGCUAAAGAUGAAGUGGCUAAGGAGGAAGUGGCUAAAGAUGAAGUAGCUAAAGAUGGAGCACCUAAAGAUGAGGUACCUAAAAAUGUAGCAUCUAAAGAUGAAGUAGUUAAAGAUGAAGUGGCAAAAGAUGAAGUAGUAAAAGAUGAAGUAGUAAAAGAUGAAGUAGCAAAAGAUGAAGUGGCUAAAGAUGACGUGGUUAAAGAUGAAGCAGUAAAAGAUGAACCAGUUCCAUCAAGUGUAACAAUCGUUGAAGUAGCAACAAAGCCAGAAAAAUUAAUUGAAGAAGGAAGAAGCACAUCUGAUGAUAAAGCACCUCAACCAACAAAAGUAGAAGAAACUAAAAUUGAAGAAAAAGUAGAAACCCCAAAAGAAGUGCCUGAAGUUUUGGCAGAAGAACCAAAACCCGAAUUAACUUUAGCUAAAGAAGAACCAGCACCAGAAAAGAAGGUUGAACAACCUGAAGUAGCGGAACAAGUACAAAGGGUGGAGCCUCAAAACGAAUCAGAAUCAGCACCGAAAUUGGAAAAAUCGCCUGAGGGAAGUUCUUGAGUGAAUUAGGGCAGUAUUUCUUAUAAAAAAAAGUAACAAAAAAAAGAAACGUUAAUUUCGACUGAAAUUGAGGUCCCUUUUGCCCUUUCGUUUACAAAGGAAAAUAAAAUUUGAAAUAAUUUAAUUGGUGGAACGUCUGGAUGAACGGGACCUCAACGAUUUUAAAAACAAUUUUAUUAUUAUAUUUUUAAUUUAUGUUAAAAUUAAAAGAGAUGGACGAUAAAAAGAAAUUAUUUUAGAUUUUUUCCUUCUUUAUUUAGAUGUUAAGUAAUCGAACGUAGUCAUUCCACGAAAUAAAAUUAGAUUUUUAAAAAAAUUUCUAAAUGUUCCAUACACUUGUGUCGUACUUCUAUCGAUUUAGAAGUUAUAUUUUUUAAGGAUUAUACGUUAUUGUGUAUUGAAAGCUUUCAAUAAAGUUUUAUACAUAUUA